ACUGUUGAUUAAUUAGAAUUUAUCCGGUGUCGUGAAUUUCGUGCAACGUUUUUAUUAAACAGUUAACCAUGGGCAGGAAGAUAAAUUUUGCUGAAAAGCCCAAAAAAGGACCAGGAAGAAAAGCUAAAAAGCAAAAGGAUCCAUCUUUUCCAGCUAGCUUGACUAAAGGUGCAGAUGAUGAGGCCAAGAAAUUGUCUCACAGGCAGAAAACGCGAAUCAAGAAAAGAACGGAAAACCAAAUUUUGAAAAGAAAGGUGAAUGAAGAAAAAUCACAAAUUUCUAAGAAAGCCAAAAAAAAUUCACAUGAAACAAAUGGUCAUAAACUCGAUAAUUCGGCUAUUGAGCAAACCAGGGCUAAGUACGCUAAAGCCGUGAAAAAAGCCAAAGAUUCAUUGCCAACGAGUGAUCAAAGCUCUGAAGAAGAAUAUGAUUCUGAAGAAAGCCUUCCGGAUGAUGGUCCAAAAAUGCGUGAUUUAUUGUCCAGUGAUGAAGAGGGAAACGAUUCAGGCGAUGGCGAAGCUAGCUCGAAGCUCAAAGAAAUGAUGGAUUCGGACGAUGAUGAAGAUUUUGAUGGAGAUCAAGAUUCUAGUGACGAAGAUGAUGACGACAAGAGUUCCAUGCUGCCGAUUGAGAGAAUCGGACAAAAAAUGAAAAAGAAAAAGGAACAGCUUGAUCGCAUGGCUGAUGACGAACUUCAAGAUCAGGCGGCUAACAGGGAAAAGUUUGAAUUUCCCAGCGAGACGCAAGACGCUCCAACUAAUUUGCAAGAUGUCCAUAUGCGUAUAAAAGAAAUCAUCGGUGUAUUAGCUGACUUUACCGUUAAUCGAGAUCCCAAUCAUUCGAGGGCAGAAUAUAUGGAUUUAUUGAAGAAAGAUUUAUGUUUGUAUUAUUCAUACAACGAAUUUUUCAUGGAUCAAUUGAUAAAAAUAUUUUCUCCAAACGAACUGCUGGAUUUCCUGGAAGCAUCCGAGGUGCAACGACCUCUUACAAUACGAACAAACAGUUUGAAAACGCGUCGACGAGAUCUCGCACAAGCAUUGAUUAAUAGAGGAGUCAAUCUGGAUCCAGUAGGCAAGUGGUCAAAGGAAGGACUUGUUGUUUACAGCUCACAGGUACCGUUGGGAGCAACCCCUGAAUAUUUAGCCGGGCAGUAUAUGAUUCAAGGCGCCUCCAGUAUGCUACCUGUAAUAUCGCUGGCACCGGAAGAGAACGAAAGAAUUUUGGACCUGUGUGCGGCUCCUGGAGGUAAAAGUUCGCAUAUAGCUGCACUUAUGAAAAACACCGGUAUCCUCUUCGCAAACGAUGUCAACAAAGACCGGCUCCAAGCAGUAGUUGGUAAUUUCCACAGGCUGGGCAUACAAAACGCUAUUGUGACAAAUAUCGAUGGUUCAAAGUAUCGCGAAGUAAUGACCGGAUUUGAUAGAGUUUUGUUGGAUGCUCCAUGUACAGGAUCUGGAGUUAUUUCGAAAGACGCUAGUGUUAAAACAACCAAGACAGAAACCGACAUACAAAGGUGUUACAAUCUACAGAGAAAACUUUUACUGACGGCCAUAGAUUGUGCAACUGCCAAUUCGAAAACUGGAGGCAUAAUCGUAUAUUCGACAUGUUCUAUUCUCCCACAAGAAAACGAAUGGGUCAUUGAUUACGCUCUGCGAAAACGGAACGUUAGGCUUGUAGCCACUGGCUUGGAUUUUGGAAGUGAAGGUUUUGUAAAUUUUGCUGGCCAAAAAUAUCAUCCAUCGAUGAAACUAACUCGUCGUUACUAUCCACACUCGUUUAAUAUGGAUGGAUUUUUUGUUGCUAAAUUGCAAAAGUUUUCAGAUAGCAUUCCAACUAACAAUCAAGCGGAUGAGGAUGAAGAAGAGGAAGUCGAGGACACUACAGAACAAGAUGAAAAGCUUCCUAAGAAAAUCGAUAAGCGGGAUUGGUAUUAUAAGGAUAUUAUAGAAAAACGGAAAAAACAACGGGAAGAUCCCAAUCAUGUUCUGAAGGUUUUCGAAAAACCAUCGAAAUCAAAGAAAUCUAAUGCUCCUGGGAAAGAAGUAGCAGCUGAUAACGCCGCACUCAACAUCAAAACUCCGAAAGCGAAGAAAAGAAUGUCUCUUCCCCAUGUUGAUGUAGUCGAAACCGACUUAACCGUUAAAAGCGCUAAAAAGCAAAAAAAGUUAAAACGUCUGUCUUUGCCAGGAGCUAUCGGAGCACGCAAAAUUAAAACCUAGUUUUAGACAUUUAGGCAAAAGAAGACUUAGACUUGGUAACACCUAAGUUUACCUUUAAAUGUUGAAGCAUUUUUCAUUGAAGUGAAUAAAGA